UGCUACCCCCGCAUCACUUCCUGGUUUUCUCGACACUGUUUACAUCAGGUGGGAUUCUACUUUCACAUAAACGCAGAGGGCGCGUGCGUUUCUGUGUUUUGUCACCUGCCUCGUGCCAGUAAUCUGGAUUGUUCUGUUUCAACACGCGCACGCGGAGGGUUAUUAAAAUCAUGUCUCCGGCCGCUGCCUUCCACGCGCAGCUCGCCUCCAUCAUGGAGGUGCUGGCCAACACGGCGGUGGCGGAGAUCUGCGAGCUCGUGGACAGCGGCUACUCGGUGCUGCAGCUGGAGAUCUCGCGGAGCCGCAAAGAGAACGAGGUGCUGCGGAGAAAACUGCGGCUCAUGGAGCUGCGAGCCGCGCGGGCGUCCGCCCUGCGAGCCGCGGCCACCGCAGGCGGCAACGCGCUGCUGCUCGCGAGCAGCCGCGCGCGUGCUCAGCUGCCUGCUCAUCACCUGGGCAACGGGCCAAGGAGGAGCGGAGCACCUGGAGGUAACCGUUCAGACCGUGAGGCCAGGCGGUCCACAGUGUCCAACCAGGAGACUCUGCAGUGCCGAGACCCCGAUCCGUCCUCAGACUCUGGACAAGAUACCACACAGGGGACGCCUGCUGCAGGUGAGCCUACCAAAGUGACGACUGCAGUGAUCAAAGUGGAGGAUGAUGAUGAGUCCUGGUCCCAAUCUGAGCAGGACAAAGAGUUUUGCCAUGUUGCAGACGGUCAGACAACAGAGACAGAAGCCCCGCCUCCACUGACCAAACAGGAAGUAGCAGAUGAAGGUGGAGGUUCGUCUCGGUCGUGGGCGAGCGGUGAAGUCAGCUCCACCUCCAUGUCCGUGCAAAAAACCCUGAACACCAGCCAGAGGUCAGAAACCAGCAGUUAUGAAUGUCUGAUGUACGAGCCACAGCUCCAACAUGGCUCCCUCAGUACCCAGAAUCCUCUGAGUGAGGAUCCCGGCUGCUCGUACGUGUUGAACACCAGCGUGAGUGUUUCAGCUGCGUCUGAUUCAGGCAGCAGCAGCAGCAGCUUCCCUUUCACCAUCACAGAGGUGAGUCUGCCUGCAGCCGAGCACCAGCAGCCUGCAGGUUUCCAGAACAACCAGCAGAGGGCGCCGCUACCCGCAGACGAGCCUCAGCUUCCUGUGAGGAAAGAGAUGACAGAAAGACUCAAUGCGUUCAUCAGAAGGGACAGAUGGAGACCUCAGGAUGGUGUCAGCAGGGCGUCCAGCCAAAGCAGGGAGGACGGCGCGGGGAAGUCAUUUGUCUGUAACUGCUGCGGUAAAACUCUGGCCUGCCUGAAGAACCUCAAGACCCACAUGAGGGUCCACACAGGAGAGAAGCCGUUUGUCUGUGCGCUCUGCGGCAAACGCUUCUCCGACUCCAGCAACUUGAAGCGCCACCAGAGCGUCCACACCGGAGAGAAGCGCUACGGUUGUGUCCACUGUGGGAAACGCUUCGCCCAGUCAGGAUCCCUGAAGGUCCACAUGACCGUCCACACAGACUGCAAACAGUUCAGGUGUUCUUACUGCGGCAAAACUUUCAUCUCCGGCAGCCACUUGCGCCGCCACGUGACCGUGCACGCUGGGGAGAAACGAUUUGCUCCAACGUUUCAGUGACUGAGGGGGAAUUAUGAGGUCAUAUCUCACAGGAGCCUCAUGUGCGAGCAAAGUAACAAACACAUGGAAACACGACACCACGGCCCAGAUGAGAACAACUGUUCAAGCUCAGCUCCUUCUCUGAAAACUUGACCACACUGUGUUUGUUUCCACACAAAAAGUCACCUCAUGUUUUGGUCAUUGUGGUGAUUUUAGUUAUCUUUCAGCGUGAGGCCUAAAAAAAGAUGAACACAAAAUUGUAUUAACAACCAUUCGAAGCAGGCAGCUGCCCCGGGGCCACAGGGGGCCCCAAAAGUCACUGCUUGUCAGUUGGUUUUGGUGAUUUGCAAAGUUUUAUGUAAAUCUUCAGAUCACUAAAGUCCGAUAUCAACUAAAGCACUGUAGAGGAAGCCUGUGUCAAAAUCUACUUUUAAGAGACGAUUAAAGCACUACUACAUGAGGUGGCGUUUAAUCCAGUGACCACAAACGGACACCCUGGUCCAAGUGGUACUCCUGCAGAUGACUAUUGUUUGGGGUCUGAGCAAAAGCUGUGUGCUCUGGACUUAAUGGGAACCUGCGGGUGACAGGGUUCAUUUCCAAUAUAAGGCUGCAACAAAUUAUUAUUUUCAGACUGAUUCUCUGAUCUGUUGGUUAUUUUUUGACAAAAUAUCCAGAAAGUGAAAAAUGUCCAACACAAGUCAUAAGAGAUCAAAGUGAUGUCUUCAGAUCGUUUUGUUUUGUCCAACCCACAGUCUAAAUCAUGAGAUAUUAAAGCUGGAGUACGGGAGUUUUGGCAAUGGGAGUAAUUUCAUACAAACACUGUUAACGUGUGGUUGUAAUGCACGCCUGUAUGUAACCAAACACAUCUCCCCGCCCAAGGAGGCCUCUCUUCAGAUCUUUGUCUUUAAUCCUUCCUCUGAACGCCAAGUGUCUUUUAUGCCUCCGCAUCGGCGAUAGCCGUGACUGGAGGCAUUAUGUUUUCACAUUGUAUAUCCAUCUGUGUGUCCCAUUGUCGGGAACGCAUUAACUCAGAAAUGCCUUAAGGCAGGUGCGUUGUUUUGUUACCUAUCAAAGGUAACUGUAGCUUUUGGCCAGGAGCAGAUAUCAUCAGAUGGUACCCAACUGUCACAGUGUGUUUUGGCCCUCAACCACAACACACUCUAGUUGGAGGGCCGACAGUGUUUGGCCAAAUCACUGCCUAUCUGCUCCUAGCCUCCAGCGUUCUUCCUCUCUUACUCCAAAUCCAGCAGGAGGCUCGUUCAGCCUCCUCCCCCAUCUUGCAAGCAGCUUGUUUUUAUGCUCCUUUUGUCAAGGCCCAGAGCUGAUAAUAAUCGCCAUGCUGACUUGGCUGGGAAACCUCUGCAUCUGAUCUCCACCGGGAAGAACCACGCCUGCCAACCUUUGUCCUUAUAAUCCUGGACUAAGGACUGGUACUUCAACGCCUUCCUCUGGUGGGCCACUUCGCAGCCUUCCUCCCAUGGCACUGUUAGCUUGACCAGAAUUAUCUUCUGGUCUUUGUUUGACCACAGCACAAUGUCUGGCCGGAGGGUUGUGUGCACCACCUCCGGGAACUGCAGCCUUCUUCCCACGUCAACCGCCAUCUCCAAGGAACUGGCGGCUUGCAACAGAUUGGAUUUUGCUCUCUUGGUUGAGAAGAGCUUCUUCAAAUUUGGCACAAACAUCCACUUGGACUCAAAGAUGUACUCAGUUGGUGGGUGAAGGUCAAAUGUCACUGUAACCUUGCAUCCCUCUCAUUCUUGUGAGUGCAAUUUCUCAAGAAAGCCUUGAGGUUUUUUUCUCAAAUUAGGCACAAACGUCCACUUGGACUCAGGGAUAUUAAUUAGAAUUAAGUGGUCAGAGGUCAAGGUCACGUUGACCUUGUGUUUGUCUUAAUUUUGUGAACACGAUAUCUCAAGAACACCUUGAGGGAAUUUCCAUAUUUGGCACAAAUGUCCACUUG